GCCCUCAAGCCAAAUCAGCUUCAAAUGAAAUGGAGGAUGGACCUGGGUCAGAAUCGUCUGAUGAUGAAUCUCUUGAAGAUACGGUUGAUCCCCUUGACAAGAGCUAUGAACCAGCAGAGAGCGACAUCAGCAGCGAGGAGGUCUCUGAUGAAGAAUUCAACUUCAUUGAUAAUGAGAAUGAGAAAGAUGAUCCACACUGUGAGACGAAGUACCUGGUGUUCCACUCGAAAUUGAUGGAACUCUUCAAGAUAUGUCCUGUAUGCUGUUCCCCAGCCAAGAGACACAUCAGGACCCUAGGGACAUAUCUAUCCAUUAAGCAAUGUUGUUCCAAUAAACUAUGUUCUUUUGAAAGAUUUUGGGAGAGCCAACCAUUUAUCAACCGUAUUCCAGCUGGAAACUUGCUGCUCUCCAGUGCCAUCCUCUUCGCCGGUUCAACUGCAGCCAAAACGCUGAAAGUCUUCAGUUAUCUUGGAUGCCAAGCGAUAAAACGGGGCACCUUCUACCAGCACCAGAGGCAAUACCUGUGGCCGGCAGUGAUGACAGUGUGGCGGGAGAACCAGCAGGAAGUGUUGCAGCAAGUGAAAGAUUCCAGGAAGCCAGUUGUUGUUGGAGGGGAUGGUAGAUCAGACAGCCCAGGGCAUUGUGCAAAAUACGGCUCCUACUCUCUCCUGGAGUUGAAUGUCAACCGCAUUUUGGAUGUGCAAUUAGUUCAAUCGAAUGAAGAGGGCGUCAACCAUAGUAUUAACAUGGAGAAGGAAGGGUUGAUUCGAUGUGUUAGAUACCUGGAAACGGAGGAUGUCACUAUUUCAAAAAUAGUGACUGAUCGGCAUGUCCAAAUCAACAAGUGGCUCAGAGAAAAUCUACCGGAUACAGACCAUCGUUUUGACGUCUGGCAUUUGGCCAAGAGUUUGAAGAAGAAGGUUGACAAGGCUUCAAAGGAGAAAAACUGUGGGAUUUUAGAGGAGUGGCGGAGGUCUAUAAUCAAUCACCUUUACUGGUGCGCUGCAACAACUCCAGAUGGGGACCCAAAUAUGAUGCUGGCCAAGUGGUUGUCGUUGGACAACCACAUGCACAACAAACACAAAGGACAUGGAGGGGUAUAUCCGAAGUGCGGCCAUGGUCGAUUAGUUGGGCGGCAGAAGGGCACGAAGUGGCUUGAACAAGGAUCGGCAGCAUCAGUGAAAGCUGGCAACAUUAUUGACAAUGCCUACUUCAAACCUCUUUGA